AUGAAUAAACAAAUAUAGUUUAAAUAUUGGAAGGAAAACAAGCAAAAAAUAUCACAGGCUAUAGUUAAGAAUUAACGUAAGUAAGGAAUUGUCUUGAAGUCUUAGCAAAAAAGAAAGAUCUUAGAAGAUUUCAAAGGGUUGAAUGUCUAUGAUGAUAAAGGGUUAUUGAGAAGUGAUUGUAGAAUAAAGAAAUACGUGGACGGAAGUCGAUACGAGGGAUAAUUAGUGGGAGAGAAGAGGAUAGGGAGAGGAAUAAAUUAUUAUAACAAUGGAGAUAUUUAUGUGGGAGAUUGGGAUGGGGAUAUGUUUAAUGGUUAUGGACACUAUUUUUUUGUGAAUGGAGAACGUUAUAGUGGAAAUUUCAAGAAUGGUUGCAAGGAAGGAUAAGGUAAAUAUUACUAUUUGAAUGGAAAUACUUAUGAUGGGAGUUGGGUGAAUAAUUAAAAAUAAGGAAUAGGAAAAUAUUAUUAUUAUAGUACAGAAGAAUAUUAUGAUGGUUAAUGGAAUAAGGGAUUGAAGCAUGGGCAGGGAGAGGCAAAAUAUGCAUAUGGAGAGAUUUACAAAGGAGAUUUCUAGAAUGAUAAAAGAAAUGGGUUUGGUAUUAUGAGAUUCAAUGAUGGAGCAAGAGUUGAAGGGUAAUGGGUUGACGAUUAAUUAAAUGGCAUUGGUAAGAUAUUUUACUCGAAUGGAGACACAUUUGAUGGAACAUGGCUGAAUAAUCAAAAGAGUGGCAAAGGAGUUUAUACAAUGUGUGAAGGAAAACAGAUAUAUAAGGGGUAGUUUGAAAAUGAUAUGAUGAAUGGAUUGGGCUAUUUAUAAUAUGAAUCAGGAGAUAUUUAUCAAGGAUACUUUAAGGAUGGUAAAAAGGAUGGAGAGGGUGAAUUCUAUUAUUAAGCAUCAAAGGACCACUACAAGGGAUAAUUUAAGAAGGACUUUAGGACUGGAUAUGGAGUAAUGCAUUAUGCAAAUGGGGACAUAUAUUAAGGAGAGUGGUUCGAAGAUCAGAAACAAGGCAAAGGCAAAUAUUAUUAUAGUAUGACAAAUGAUACAUUCGAUGGAGAUUGGAUUAGAGAUAAGAAGCAUGGGAAAGGGAUAUACACUUUUGGAAAUGGAGAUGUUUAUGAAGGAGAAUGGAGUCAAGAUAAGUGGCAUGGUAAGGGAAAGUACACAUCCAAAGAUAGAACAUAUAUGUACGGAGAAUUUAGGAAUCACAAAUUUGUUACUCCGAUGAACUGA